AGGGUCUUGGACAACAGCAGCACAAGUAGAGCUAGUUGAUUAAGAAGAUGUUAAUGUUUGACCCCAUCCCAAUCAAGCAAGAAGCCAUGGAGCCUGUUCCAGUGUCAUUCAACAAUACUUGGGACCACAUGAAGUCCAACAAAUAUGGUGUCAUCUAUUCUACCCCAAAUAUGAUGCCCAAUAAAUUCUACCCAAUUCCAGAUGGCCUGUGCAAUGGAGUCCAAGUAGAACCUGUUGAUCUCACAAUAAACAAGCGGAGCUCACCACCUUCGACUGGAAGUUCUCCUUCCUCGCUGAAAUACCAGCCUGUACAUAAGAGAGCCUCACCUGGAUUAAAUCUGCCCUCACCCAGCCCACCUAUGAAAAAAUUGACACCUCCCGGGAUACAGCCUUUCACUGUACCAUUAACUAUCCCACCAGUAAUGGCAGCUCUUUCACGCCAUGGACUUCAGCGCUCUGGGAUACUUCCAGUUAUACAGCCAGUCGUAGUGCAGCCUGUACUUCAGCCUUUCAUGUAUCCUUCUCAGCUCCAGCAGUCGAUUAUGGUAUCCACAGUUUUUUCAGACGAGCUGGAAAAUCCAAGUAGUGUGCCAGUGCCUGUUAUUGAAUCUUAUGAGAAGCCAGCAUUAAAGAAACUAAUAAAAGUAGAACCAGGCAUGGAAUCCCUUGGGAAUGACUAUUAUUCUGAACAAAUGUCCCCUCCGUUGAUGACCUCAUUGUCACCCCCUCAGGCUAUGCUUCAGGAGAAUCACCCUUCUGUGAUAGUUCAGCAUGGAAAGAGACCUUUACCUGUGGAGUCUCCAGAUACACAAAGGAAGCGUAGAAUACACAGAUGCGAUUAUGAAGGCUGCAACAAAGUUUACACUAAAAGUUCCCAUCUCAAAGCUCAUAGGAGAACACAUACAGGUGAAAAGCCUUACAAAUGCACUUGGGAAGGUUGCACAUGGAAGUUUGCUCGCUCUGAUGAACUAACGCGGCACUUCCGGAAACAUACCGGCAUCAAACCUUUCCAGUGUCCGGACUGUGACCGUAGCUUCUCUCGCUCUGACCACCUUGCCCUUCAUAGGAAACGCCAUAUGCUAGUCUGAAUCUCUCCACCUUCGGCUGCCUUCAUACUUCCUUUUUAUUUUAAACCUGUGCGUUUUAAUUUAGAUUCAGCGGGCCUGAAUCUCUCUGGAUUUAUAGCACCAAAAUCUUCCCUAUGGUCAGUAAGCAACAUUUGCUUAAUCCUUUGUCCUUGCCAUGGAUCAGACCUAAAGAAUGUGAACACUUCCCCCUCCCCCGAGGGAUGCUAAACAAACCCUUCCUGCCAGCAAGUAAAUUAAAUUUCUGGAAGACUUUAAGGGAUCUUGUAAUCAAGCUGGUCAGUUUUCGCCAUUUAAUCAGCCAGCAUUUAUUGAUCAAAUAGUCACUGUUAUUGGAAUUGCCAGCCUGCUAGUCCUUGCCAGAGACUCUGUGUCCCUGUAAAGGACGCGUGUCUCCUUUUAAUGCUCAGCAAUGCAAUGAAUGGACCCUCUCCAACUCGAUUGGUUACAGAAGCAUGUUCCACAAGACACUUUUUUGGAUGCUGGGGGGGAAAAACCAAAAUCCUCAAGUUUGAAAGCGAAUGAAAAGUUCUUGACUGAUGAGUGGUUGCUAAUCAGCAGAAAUGUUGUCUGUGCAUAAUGUUGUACAUCCCGACCAAGAUUGCCUCUCUUUUGUUUUGUGGUGUUGCAUAAAUGUUUUGCCUGGAUAUAGUAGAUUCAUUGAGCAAACACUUAUGAGUGUGUUUUGCGUGCAACUGUAUGAAUAGAACACACAUGGUACUUCUGUGAUGUGGCAUUCCAUAAAAAUGCAAUAAUCUACCUCACUGAGGAGGUGUGGUAGGUAUAUUAUUUUCUCAUCACUCCUCUGUGUUUCCUUUCGUCUUUCAUCUGCUAAUAGUUGAGCAACCAUUUCAGCAAAACGAACCAAACCAGAUCACUGUUAGAAAUUAAUUGUCUUGAGACACUACCAUAUUUACAAGCGUGUGUUUGGGGGUGGGGGGGGGAUGUUGACUGAAGCACUUCUGUACAGCUCAAAAUUUGUCAGAUAUCAAAAAUUGAAAAGGUACCCUUCUUAGACUUUCUUUUGUGUGCGUGUGUGUAUAUAUGUGUGUUGGCCUGACAUGCCAAAUUCAGCAGGGAUAUCUUUACAAAGCUCCAUACAUGUUUUGUAAUGGAAAGUUUAAGUUCCCAGUAUUCUUUGUUCAAGACAUAUGGAAAGAUACACCAGACAUCCAGAAGGGUUGAUAAUAAAGAUAUUCUCUAUCCUAUCCAA